AUGAACGCGGCGGUGGUGAAGCGGACGCAGGAGGCCUUGGGGAGGGUGAUUCGGAAGCCGCCGCUGACGGAGAAGCUGCUGAGCAAGCCCCCGUUCCGCUACCUGCACGACAUCAUCACGGAGGUGGGCUCCGGGCCGGGCGAGAGGCUCUGCACAGUGGUCACCACAUGUUGGAUGUGUAAUGAGUACUGGUGGGUGCAUUUGCUGAAGGAGGUGGUAGGGGACCUGAGAGGGGAAGCUGUAAAAGAGCAGGUGAUUCGGGUGACUGGCUUCAUGAAGGGCCUGUACACGGACGCCGAGAUGAAGUCAGAGAAUGUGAAGGAUAAAGAUGGAAAAAUUAGCUUCCUGCAGAAGGCCAUAGACGUGGUGGUGCUGGUCUCAGGAGAGCCAGUGUCGGCGAAGCCGGCCCGGAUCGUGGCCGGGCACGAGCCCGAGAGGACCAACGAGCUGCUGCAGAGGAUCGGGAAGUGCUGCCUCAGCAAGCUGUCCAGUGAGGACGCCGUGAAGAGAGUGUUGGCUGGAGAGAAGGGGGACGUGAAGGGCAGGGCCUCCCUGACGUCGAGGCCUCAGGACGCGGACAGCCGGCAUGCGAGAGAGGAGGAGCCCAGGGCGCCCAGGGAGAAAGAGGGUAGAAGUAAUUCCGAAAUAAACGAGGGAAGUACAAGCAGAGAUCGGAAACAGAAAGAAGACUUGAAGGAAGAGAGUAAAUCAAGAGAGAGGGGCGGGGACAAGGAGAAGACCCGAGAGAAUGACCGCGACCGACAGAAAGACCCCGAGAGAGACAAGUUCCGCGAUGAGGAGAGAGAGAGGCUCAGAGCCAGGGCCAGGCCUGACAGGGACAGGGACAGGGCCAACAGGGACCGGGACCGGGACAGGGCCAACAGGGACCGGGACCGGGAUUUGGACCGCGUACGCGAGAGGAAGAACGCGGCGGGGAAAGAACAGGAGCGGUGGAAAGACAGGGAGAAGGAGCGCGAGCGGGACAAGGGCAGGGACAGGGACAGGGACAGGGACAGGCGGAGGGCGAGGGACGGGGAGCAAGCCCGGGACCCCAGCAAGGCGAAGAGCCGAGAACAUGAGAAAGCAGAGAAGAAGUCAUCAAGCUCCGGAGAGGUGUCUAAGAAGUUGCCAGAUGGGCCUUUCCAAGACUCCAAAGCCGAAGCAGAGACUGAGAUUUCCACUAGGGCGUCCAGGCCAAUGGCAACAAAGACAUCAAAAGAGCGACCCAAAGUCGGCGUGGAAGGUGACUCCCCUCGCGACGCAGACUGCUGGUUGGGCGCCGUCCCUUCAGAAGAAGUGGGACCCGUCAUCCAGGACAAGCCGGAGGUGUCCGCGAACUCUGAGGGCCCCGCGGAGCUCCCGGCCGGCAUGAGAAGAAUUCCUCGGCCUGGCAGUGCCAGGCCAGCGCCUCCCCGGGUGAGCCGGCAGGACAGCGCGGAGGUGUUCCCAGCGGACAGGACAGGGAGCGGCCAAGCCGUCUCCAAUGUGAUUGUCGACGUGCAGAACUCUGACAACGAAGAGGACGACCAGUUCGUGGUGGAGGCCGCCCCCCAGCAGCCUGAGCUGUCAGAGCGCGACGUGGUGCAGGCAGUCGGAUUGGAAGAAGACGAGAAGCACGGAGGGCUCGUCAAGAAGAUCUUGGAGACCAAGAAAGACUAUGAGAGAUUGCGGCUGUCGCCCAAGCCUGGGGAGAAGGAGAAGUCGCUUGUCUUGGAGUCAGCGUGGAAGAAGGAGAAGGAUGUCGUUUCCAAGGAGAUAGAGAAGCUCCGCGUGUCCAUCCAGACCCUGUGCAAGAGCGCGCUGCCCCUGGGCAAGAUCAUGGACUACCUCCAGGAGGACGCGGACGCCAUGCAGAACGAGCUGCAGCUGUGGCACCGCGAGAACCUGCAGCACGCGGAGGCGCUGCGGCAGGAGCAGAGCAUCACAGACGGCACCGUGGAGCCCCUGAAGGCCGAGCUGCUGGAGCUGGAGCAGCUGAUCCGAGACCAGCAGGACAAGAUCUGCGCUGUGAAGGCCGACAUCCUGAAGAAUGAGGAGCGGAUCCAGAAGAUGGUGCGCAGCAUCAGCACGAGCUCGCGGAGGUGAGCUCCCCCGCGGCUCCGAGCUCGCGGCCGCCUCAGCCCGAAUAA